GUUUUUGCAACGGCCCAACGCGCAUCUACAUGUACGUCUUCCUAGGGUUUUGGAUGCGUCGCAGAUAAAAAGUUCCCUCCCUAAUUACAAUCUUCCUCAGCGCCGCCGCUCCCAGACACCGAGCCCGACUGCCCAACCCCGAUCCGGCGAUCCGUCUCUUUCCUUUCCUUCGUUCUGCAGGCCCCGAUCGCUUGCAUUCCCGUCAACCAUGGCGGCGGCAGCAGGCGGAGGCGCGGUGCGCGCUCUGUCCCAGAAGGAGCAGGACAUACAGAUGAUGCUCGCCGCCGACGUCCACCUUGGCACCAAGAACUGCGAUUUCCAGACGGAGCGCUAUGUCUUUAAACGCCGCACCGACGGCAUCUACAUCAUCAAUCUUGGCAAGACAUGGGAUAAACUCCAGCUUGCAGCGAGGGUUAUCGUUGCCAUCGAGAACCCGCAGGACAUCAUCGUCCAGUCUGCCCGCCCAUAUGGCCAGCGUGCUGUCCUCAAGUUCGCUCAGUACACUGGCGCCCAUGCCAUCGCUGGGAGGCACACCCCUGGUACAUUCACUAAUCAGCUCCAGACCUCCUUCAGCGAGCCUCGACUGCUCAUCCUUACUGACCCAAGGACUGACCAUCAGCCAAUCAAGGAGUCUGCUCUGGGGAACAUCCCAACCAUUGCCUUCUGUGACACUGACUCUCCCAUGCGGUACGUCGAUAUCGGCAUCCCAGCGAACAACAAGGGGAGGAACAGCAUUGGAUGUCUGUUCUGGCUUCUGUCCAGGAUGGUUCUGCAAAUGAGGGGCACUAUCCUUCCUGGGCACAAGUGGGAAGUCAUGGUCGAUCUGUUCUUCUAUAGAGACCCAGAGGAAGCAAAGGAGCAGGAGGAGGAAGUUGCCGCGGCCCCUGAGUUUGCCGCAAUCACUGAUUACCAAGGAGCUGAUCAGUGGGGUGGUGACCAGUGGACCUCUGAUGUGGCUGCACCACCUGUUGCUCCUACUGGUGCUGAUUGGGGUGCUGCUCCGGCUCCAGUUCCUACCGGUGAAGGCUGGGAUCAAGCCGGGGCCCCUGUACCUGCGGACGGCACUGUACCUCCAGUGGUUGCUCCUACUGGUUGGGACCAAGCAGCCCCGCCGACAGCCCAAGGCUGGGAGUAGGCAUAGUCUACUAUGAGACCUGUCUUAUGCAGCUUAAGUUCAGUAUUUUUUGUGAAGUCUAGUCUUCUGCAGCUUAAGUUCAGUAUUUUUUGUGAAGUCUAGAUGUCCAGAAUCUUUUGGCAUCUGCUAUAGCUAUGCUUUGCUUUGCUUUGAGCACUUCUGUUUUGGGGCUUUCUAGCUGACCCUGUUGUCCAACGUUGCUGGCAUGGAAAUUUUUGGUUAAUCUUAAAACUGGAAAGAGCGUGUGAAACGAUCCUUGUGACUCUGUUAUUCCCUGAGUAUGUGCAAGUAUAAAUCCUGAUC